AUGUCGAAGGCCGCAUUCUCGCGCUUGCAACUUGCAGCAGCCCUCAUCGAAUAUGACAACGACUCCCCAGACCCCGGUACUACCUUUCGCUCUGCUCAUGACAGCGCCAUAUUCGCGCAUCUGCGCAGGCUACCGCGUCCCGCUCCUGCUCCUCGAAAGAGCGCCGACUAUCUCGGAGUGAGCAUGCCUAGCGAGGGCAGUCAGGGCGGCCGAGAGUCGGCUUUGAGUCAUGGACGCGCGAGGAGCUCAAUCGACGCGCUCAGGAAUCCGUUCGCUGCAGACGGCGCCGCGAGCGAGGACCUAGAUGAGGAAGCGAAAGCGAUGGAAGUCGAUCUCGCUUCGUGGGGACUCGACUCGUUCAUGCCCAAAGAAAAGGCGGUAAAGAAAAAGAAGGAAAAGGAGCAGCUCAAGGACCUCCCAAAUCCCCAUCCCAGCGUUCAGCAAGGCGCUUCUCGUACCUCCCGUGCGCUCAGUAUGAGCGCCGCUGACAGCUUAGGGCUCGGUGGUGCCUUUCUGGACUCGGCGCCCACUCCAGGCACCGAACAGCGCCGACGUUCUCUUGGAUCCGCUCUCGACAUGGCCGAUGAAAUGCACCCACCCAGACCGCCUUUCCGGCAGCGUCCGUCUUCCUCUCAUGGCCCUAUUGAAGCUAUCCCUAUUACUCCUCCCCUUCACGCUGUGCCCUUCCCAGCCUCCUCCGUCCGUUCCAUAUCACCCAUGCCAGAUAGUGGUACUCUGCACGAUCCCAAUUCUGAGGCACACAAGCGCACACAUUCUUCGAUGAGCUGGAAUUCUCGCGGUCUACUCAACGAUGAGCCAGAAGAGAACCCGUUCUCGCUCAGACCGCCGUCUCCCAGCCAGGCUUCCCGAUUCGACCCAAAGGCAGCGCGUGGGCGUACAACGUCCAUCGGAACUGUGGGCUCUCGAAACUUGCUCGCUGAAGACAAUCCGUUCGCUCUUCGACCGCCGUCACCCUCUCGCACAUCUCGGUUCGACCCUAAAGCGGCCGCUCACGCACGCACACUGUCCAAUGUGACAAUGGGCUCGCGGAUGCUUCUUGAUAACGACGCAGCCUCGGUCAUGAGUGGACAGCCUCUGCAGCACGCUAAGAAUAGGCCAUAUUCCACUCUCGAAUUAAUGAGGCCGAAGGUUCUCGUCAUGCCGAGCCCUCUGCAAGGUGCCGUAGCGCCCCAACCUCCCAAGGUGAGGGAGGGCUUCCAACUCUCGACCGAUGGCACCCCUCUACCUCCUGGCGCCCGCUCUUCUCGCCCGAUGUCAACAGCGCUUCUUUCUGGCAUACAUCCCCCCACCUCAGCUGUGCCGAUCGCUUCAAAUUCAUUCACGCCCAACCCCCGCGCGGACCUAUCCCUCUCGCAGCUCACUUUCCGCAACUCGCUCAUGGUCGGAGGGCAGCGGGACGUUGCAUACUCGGACAUAGACGCGCGCUUGCGCCGUGCAACAGAGGAAGGCGAACAGAUCAUCGAAGAAAUUCCCGAAGAACCUGCGCGGCCGGUCACCGUCGUCGUCGACGAGCCAGAGGUGCACGGGCGGCCCGUUGGUAAGCUGUACGGGAAGAGCCUCAUCGACGAUCUGGAAACGCGCAAGGCAAACAUGCGCAGCAAACAACGGCAAGGGCUCAUUUUUUCGUUCCCGUUCUCAUGUUAA